AUGUCGAUCAUAGACAAAGAACAACAGAUUGAAAAUAAUUCUUAUUAUGAACAUGAAAUCUAUGACCUUUCACCACCUACUACUGAAGAAAUUCAACAUAUGACUAGUUCAGAAAUACAAAAAUUUAAAUCCUCCGCAAGUUCCAAACAUUCAACAUUACAUUUACUAGAUGAUCCUUCAAAUUUUCCUGAUGGUUGGAAUACAAUUGCAAUGUUGACAUUAUUUGGAUCAUUUUUAGGUAUGAUUGGAUCAUUAGGGUUUGUUAAUUCUGGAGGUGUUAUGCAAUCUUAUGUAUCUGAACAUAUCUUAAUUAAUGAUUCACAAUCUUCAAUUGGUUGGAUCUUUUCAAUUUAUAAUUUAUUUGCAUUUGGUGGAUUAAUUGUAUCAGGUCCAUUAUUUGAUAAAAUCGGUUGUAAAAAACCUAUAUUUAUUGGUACUAUACUUAUGUUUUGUGGAUUUUUAGCAACUAGUUUUUGUAAAAAAAUUUAUCAAUUUAUACUUGCUUACAGUAUAUUAGGAGGUAUGGGAACUUCAUUAGUAUUUGGACCAUUUGUUGCAACUUUAAGUCAUUUUUUCUUAACUAAAAGAGCUUUGGUUAUUGGAAUAAGUUAUACUGGUGGUGGAUUAGGUGGAGUUAUUUUCCCAAUUAUGUAUAGAGAAUUAUUUCCCAAAAUUGGAUUUGGUUGGACAAUAAGAAUUGGAAGCUUUAUUUCUUUAUUUUGUUGUGUUUGUGGUUGGUUAAUUAUUCAUGACAGACAUGAUGAAUUUCAUGAUAAUAGUGAUGAAAAUUUAUUUAAGGAAGUAUUAGGUUCAAUUGAUUUUAAAAUUCUUUUUAAAAAUAGAUUAUUUUCUGUACUUGUCACAGGGUUAUUAUUUAAUGGAUUAAUUUUCUUGAUUUCAAUGGUUGAAUUGCCAGGAUAUGCAAGAAGUCAAGGAUUUGAUGAUAAUAAAGCAUAUUUGCUAAUUGUUGUAUUCAAUUCAUUUAGUAUACCAGGAAGAAUAAUACCAAGUUAUAUUGCUGAUAAUGGAUUUGGUAGAUUUAAUACUUUUGUUGUCAUUAACCUUAUUUCAUUGAUUGCAUUUACAGUAAUUUGGUUACCAUUUGGUUCUAAUUUAACUGCAUUAUAUAUAUUUUCUGGUGUAUUUGGAUUUUCAAGUGGUUCAGUAUUAAGUUUAUCAGCUAGUUUAAUUGCUUCAAUUGUUAAAACAAAAGAUGUUGGUAAAGGAUUAGGAACAGCAUUUUCAAUACUUUCAAUUGGUGAUUUAAUUGGUAUUCCAAUUGCUGGGGCAAUUGCAACUGGGAGUUCUCAAAGUUUUAAAAAUUUGGUUUAUUUUUUAACUGCUUGUGCUGCAAUUGGAUCAGCGGUUAGUUUUAUAUCUAGGUUUCUUUAUGGUGGGUUAAAUUUUGAUAGAGUAUAA